AUGCAAUUCCGCUCGCCUACAGCCGCCAGGAGCUCCCUGGCGCCUCAGGCAGCGUCCUCCUCCGAAGCGGCUGCGCCUGCCCCUGGGCAGCCUGGACCUUCGUGCCCUGCCCCCGGGGCCUCGCACGGGGGUCGCCCCGGGACACCCCCUGUGGGCCGGGUGGAGGAGGAAGAGGAGGAGGAAGAAGACGUGGACCGGGACCCGUCCCCUACGCUGAACACCUGGCUACGCUGCUGCCACUUCUCUUUAAGGGGGAGAAGAGAGCCGGGGAGAGCCAUGGGGGGCAGCGAAGUCCGGGAAUUUCUUUUGCAAUUUGGUUUCUUCUUGCCUCUGCUGACAGCUUGGCCGGGAGACUGCAGUCACGUCUCUAGCAACCAAGUUGUGUUGCUUGAUACAACAACUGUGCUGGGAGAGCUAGGAUGGAAAACAUAUCCAUUAAAUGGGUGGGAUGCCAUCACUGAAAUGGAUGAACACAAUAGGCCCAUUCACACAUACCAGGUAUGUAAUGUGAUGGAACCAAACCAAAACAACUGGCUUCGUACAAACUGGAUCUCCCGUGAUGCAGCUCAGAAAAUUUAUGUGGAAAUGAAGUUCACACUGAGGGAUUGUAACAGCAUCCCAUGGGUCUUGGGGACUUGCAAAGAAACAUUUAAUCUAUAUUAUGUGGAAUCAGAUGAGUCCCAUGGAAUUAAAUUCAAGCCAAGCCAGUAUACAAAGAUUGACACAAUUGCUGCUGAUGAAAGUUUUACCCAGAUGGAUUUGGGUGAUCGCAUCCUCAAACUCAACACUGAAAUUCGUGAGGUGGGGCCUGUAGAAAGGAAGGGAUUUUAUCUGGCUUUUCAAGACAUCGGGGCAUGCAUUGCCCUAGUUUCGGUCCGUGUUUUCUACAAAAAGUGCCCCUUUACUGUUCGUAAUCUGGCCAUGUUUCCAGACACUAUCCCAAGGGUUGAUUCUUCAUCCUUGGUUGAAGUAAGGGGCUCUUGUGUGAAGAGUGCAGAAGAGCGCGACACUCCUAAACUGUAUUGUGGAGCUGAUGGAGAUUGGCUGGUUCCUCUUGGAAGGUGUAUCUGCAGUACAGGAUAUGAAGAAAUUGAAGGUUCUUGCCACGCUUGCAGACCAGGAUUCUAUAAAGCAUUUGCUGGCAACACAAAGUGUUCUAAAUGUCCUCCACACAGUUUAACCUACAUGGAAGCAACUUCUGUCUGUCAGUGUGAAAAGGGUUACUUUCGAGCUGAACAAGACCCACCUUCCAUGGCAUGUACCAGGCCACCUUCAGCUCCUAGGAAUGUGGUUUUUAACAUCAAUGAAACGGCCCUUAUUUUGGAAUGGAGCCCACCAAGUGACACAGGAGGGAGAAAAGAUCUCACAUACAGUGUAAUCUGUAAGAAAUGUGGCUUAGACACCAGCCAGUGUGAGGACUGUGGUGGAGGACUCCGCUUCAUCCCAAGACAUACUGGCCUGAUCAACAAUUCCGUGAUAGUACUUGACUUUGUGCCUCACGUGAAUUAUACCUUUGAAAUAGAAGCCAUGAAUGGAGUUUCUGAGUUGAGUUUUUCUCCCAAGCCAUUCACAGCUAUUACAGUGACCACGAAUCAAGAUGCACCUUCCCUGAUAGGUAUGGUAAGGAAGGACUGGGCAUCCCAAAAUAGCAUUGCCAUAUCAUGGCAAGCACCUGCUUUUUCCAAUGGACCCAUACUGGACUACGAGAUCAAGUACUAUGAGAAAGUCUACCCACGGAUAGCGCCGGCAUUUUGGCACUACCUGCGGGUAGAACAGCACGAGCAACAGCUCUCCUAUUCCUCCACGAGGUCCAAGGCCCCCAGUGCCAUCAUCACAGGUCUCAAGCCAGCCACCAAGUACAUUUUUCAUAUCCGAGUGAGGACUGCAACAGGGUACAGUGGAUACAGUCAGAAGUUUGAGUUUGAAACGGGAGAUGAAACUUCUGACAUGGCAGCAGAACAGGGGCAGAUUCUCGUGAUAGCCACCGCGGCCGUGGGAGGAUUCACUCUCCUCGUCAUUCUUACUUUGUUCUUCUUAAUCACUGGCAGGUGUCAGUGGUAUGUAAAGGCCAAAAUGAAGUCAGAAGAGAAGAGAAGAAAGGACUUACAGAAUGGUCAUUUACACUUCCCAGGAAUUAAAACUUACAUAGAUCCAGAUACAUAUGAAGACCCAUCCCUAGCAGUCCAUGAAUUUGCAAAGGAGAUCGAUCCCUCAAGAAUACGCAUUGAGAGAGUCAUUGGGGCAGGUGAAUUUGGAGAAGUCUGUAGUGGACGUUUGAAAACACCAGGGAAAAGAGAGAUCCUAGUUGCCAUCAAAACUUUGAAAGGUGGCCACAUGGAUCGGCAAAGAAGAGAUUUUUUAAGAGAAGCAAGUAUCAUGGGUCAGUUUGACCACCCAAAUAUCAUUCGCUUAGAAGGUGUUGUCACAAAAAGAUCCUUCCCGGCCAUUGGGGUGGAAACGUUUUGCCCCAGCUUCCUGAGGGCAGGGUUUUUAAAUAGCCUCCAGGCCCCGCAUCCAGUGCCAGGGGGAGGAUCUUUGCCCCCCAGGAUUCCUGCUGGCAGACCAGUAAUGAUUGUGGUGGAAUAUAUGGAGAAUGGAUCCCUAGACUCCUUUUUACGGAAACAUGAUGGCCACUUCACAGUCAUCCAGUUGGUUGGUAUGCUCCGAGGCAUUGCAUCAGGAAUGAAGUACCUUUCUGAUAUGGGUUAUGUUCACCGAGAUCUAGCAGCUAGGAAUAUAUUGGUCAACAGCAACUUAGUAUGCAAAGUUUCUGAUUUUGGUCUCUCCCGAGUGCUGGAAGAUGAUCCAGAAGCUGCUUAUACAACAACUGGUGGGAAAAUACCCAUAAGGUGGACAGCCCCAGAAGCUAUUGCCUACAGAAAAUUCUCCUCGGCAAGUGAUGCAUGGAGCUAUGGCAUUGUCAUGUGGGAGGUCAUGUCCUAUGGAGAGAGACCUUACUGGGAAAUGUCUAACCAAGACGUCAUUCUGUCCAUUGAAGAAGGUUACAGACUUCCGGCUCCCAUGGGCUGUCCAGCAUCUCUACACCAGCUGAUGCUCCAUUGCUGGCAGAAGGAAAGAAAUCACAGACCAAAAUUUACUGACAUUGUCAGCUUCCUUGACAAGCUAAUACGCAACCCCAGUACCCUUCACACCCUGGUAGAGGACAUCCUUGUGGUCAACGGACUCCACAGCCAGUGCCCGUCAACAGAGCUCUCUGACUGUUCUAUGGCUGUAGACGCAGGCAGAAUGCCAGACUCCCCUGGUGAAGUUCCCGAAUAUCCUUUGUUUGUGACGGUCGGUGACUGGCUGGAUUCUAUAAAGAUGGGGCAAUAUAAGAAUAACUUCAUGGCAGCAGGGUUUACAACUUUUGACCUCAUUUCAAGAAUGAACAUUGAUGAUAUUAGAAGAAUUGGAGUCAUACUCAUUGGACACCAGAGACGAAUAGUCAGCAGUAUACAGACUUUACGUUUACACAUGAUGCACAUACAGGAGAAGGGAUUUCAUGUAUGA